AUGUCAUUUUUAUAAGAGUUUAACAAAGUGAAAGUAAAAAUAUAUAUUAAAUCAGAAAUAAUAAGAUACUUUUGAGCUUUAGGAUCUUCGUAAAAAUGAUGGAGAGACUUAAAUAACUAAGAUGACUUAGAUGGCAUAAGCAAGAAUACUUAAUUUUGAAAAGUUCUAUCAUUAAUUAAAAGAUGAAGUAUUUUUUAUGGUUUUUAAAUAGAUUAUUGAUAAUAAAUCUUCAAAAGGAAUGGAUGAUAUGUAUUUGAUUGAAGAGAUUUUUAUUUAGACCAACUUUAGUAACAGAAGCAAAAAAUGAUUUAGAUGAAAUGCUAAAAAUAAUACAAUAGAUGCAAUCUAUUCAAUUAUUAAAAAGUCAGAGAAUGUAAAUAAUAUUUAUAAUUGAAAUAUAGUCACAAAGAUAACAAAAUGUAUAGAAGUUGAUUCAAGUAUUCUAAGAUUCAAAUAAAAAACUAAAAAAAUUAACUGAUCAGUUAUUAUCAAGAUAGAGGACAAGUUUAUAAUCUGCUAAACAAUCUUUUAAAGAUCAUCAUAAUGAUAAUUAAAUAGAUGUAUAAUUGUUAGAUGAAAUAUUAUAUGAUGAAUAAUUUAUAUAAAGAUGGAAUUAAUAGAUAAGUGAAAUGGGAUAGUAUUAUUAUUAUAGAUGUUAGAGUUAUAUAUUAAUUAAAUUAAAUGAUGACAGAUGGAGCUAAAAUGAUAAAAGAACAAGGAUUAAAAAUUGAUAUAAUAAGUUUAGAAGUGAAAAAUUCUAAAUAGAAAGUGAAAGAAGCUGAUAAAGAAGUGAAAAAAGCAUCCUAAGUUUAAUAAGGAAAUAAUGGAAGGAUGUAAUAUUGUUUAUAAAUUUAGGCUAUUCUUUUGUGGCAUAAUUACUUUGUUACAGAAAUUAUGAAAAAC